AUGCCAGGCAUUCUGCCGAUGAAGGUCAUCAAGGUGGGCAAUAGUGCUCAAAGCCGCAUUGCCCAAGCCUGCGACCGCUGCCGAAGCAAGAAGAUUCGCUGCGAUGGAGUGCGUCCGACUUGCUCACAAUGUGCCAAUGUUGGCUUUGAGUGCCGUACAAGCGACAAGCUGAGUCGCCGCGCCUUUCCCCGUGGAUACACAGAAUCGCUGGAGGAGCGAGUCCGCCAGUUGGAAACCGAGGUCAGAGAACUGAAAGACCUCUUGGACGAGAAGGAUGAGAAAAUAGAUAUGCUCUCUGCAAUGCACGGCAACCACCAUCGCCGACCGUCAGUCACAUCUGCCUCAAAUACAUUACCCUCACCAGAGACGUCCAGGGACAGUCCCGUGUCCACCACGAAAGAAGACACUUUCCGUGUACAAGGCUCCCCACUACUCCUUGGUGUUGAGAACUCAGACUCUUACUUCAUGGGCCCAUCUAGUGGCCGCGCCUUUAUCACCUCCUUCAAACGCAAGCUUCAAGAGAGCGGGAAACCCUGUAACGAGUUUAACCCAGAGGCCUUCUUACACGUCCAAGGAUGCGCUCCUUUGGCCCAGGACGAGCCUAGCCAGGCAUCACCACUUCCCCCUCGCAUCUUUUCCGACCGGUGUGUCAAUGUCUACUUCCAGGAAUGGGCACCGCUCUUCCCCGUACUGCAUAAGCCCACCUUCUUACGCAUUUACGAAGAGUUUGUGGCCGACCCUGAAAAGGUCAAAUGCCACCAUAAGAUUGCCCAAUUGUACCUCGUUUUCAGUAUCGCCGGGCUUUCAUCUGAACAUCCAGACUACCAACAACUGGCCAUAUGUGAAAAGCGAUGGGCGAAAGCUAUUGAUUCAAUGGUUCUGGAGAACACCAUGAAUACUCUUCAGUGCCUGAUUCUAGCACUACUCUACUGCACUGUAAGAGCAGACAAUAAGCGAGUCCAACAUUUCAAAGGCCUCGCAAUUGGGCUUUCCCACCGACUCGGCAUGCAUCAAAGCCAGAAGCGAUUUUCGUUUGGUGCCCUGACUCUGGAGACCAGGAAGAAGGUGUUUUGGACGCUCUAUACACUUGAUUGUUUUACUGCCGCCACCCUUGGAUUGCCAAAAAUGCUUAAGGAAGAUGACGUCCAAACAGAGUAUCCAUCUGAUACGGACGAUGAGUACAUCACGGAGAAGGGCUUUCAGCCUACCUUGCCGGGGGAGUAUACACGACUAUCCAGCGCUUUGGCUCUCUUCCGGGCAACCCGCAUCUUGGCUCGAAUUUUGGAGAAGAAUUAUCCGGCAGUAGCCAAUCAUGAGCUCUCGCUUCAGCAAAUGGGAAGCUUUGAAGCCGAACUUGAUGCUUGGCACGAUGAGUUGCCAGCACAUUUGCGAUUAAACUUCUCCCAAGAUAAACCAUCGACCGAUAUAACUAGCAGUAGAUCCCCUGUACUGGCUUUGGCAUACUACCAUAUUCGGGCACUCAUCUACCGCCCUGCCGUCGGCUCUAGCCUAGGUCCGAAGGCUGCACCGGCUCUCAUUUCGAUUGCGGAUUCCAGCAAGCGAAUCAUUCAGAUCAUCCAGCUUCUGGAAGAAAGAAACAUGAGUUUUUCAUUCUGCUUGAACAAGUUUGACCUUCUAGCUUUGUGCGGUUUGACACUGUUGUAUCAGACGGUCGACCUGAAGCCCGACAGUAAAAUGAGCCGAGAUCUCGAGAAGCUCGUCAACGUCACUAUCAAGUCAAUGAACAAGGCUAAAGCUCCUGGAUGCAUUGACCUAGCUCGUAUCGCAUCAACUCUCAUUACUGUUGACGAGCACACGAGUCCCCUUCCCGCACAGGGAGCUAUGGCUGCACCACCGCAGCGUGCCUCCUCAAAAGGCUCUCAGAAGAAGUCAAGCGUUCCACGUGAACAGGACAAGAUGCGUCGGAUGACCAUGCCCAGUGUCAAUGUCCAAGAACCUGACUACUAUCCUCAAUCUCGACAAUCUUUUGACAGCAUCAGCUCAUCUGAGGGAUCCACGAGCCACCGAAGCCACCGGCCGUCGGUACCGCAACCUAACGGCAUGAGUAACAGAACCGCGUCAUGUCGCACCAUUCCGAACCUCGACUACCUGUCCCUGAACAAUACUCCAUCUCAUACUAAUCCAUCUUCUCCUGCUGUGAUGCACCGCAUGCAAACCCCAGGAUCAUCCAUGUCACCAUCUAGCCAAAUUAUGGGCAGCGUCGACCAUUCUGCAAAGGUGCCAGGGGUGUCCAACUCUGAGUGGGAGGCGUUACUUGGGUCAAUGGAUGGGGGUUUAAACAAUGUCUAUGAUGCCAUUUACGGCGGUGCCAGCCUCAUUGGCGAUUCAACAGUUCCAGGUAACCCCAAUAGCUCGGACUGGUCUCCGGACUCUUGGGAUCUCAGCAGUAUUAACAUUGGCGAUUUCGGACGGAACCCAGAGCCACCGCAAAGUGUGCUGAGCAUGAGCGAUGAAAGCUUGAGCUCAGGCGAAGAAGUUGCACCUUCGGAGUUGGGUCUUAGCGUAGGCAGUGCCGAGUUCAAUAAGCUGCAUAUGACGGAAGCGUAUGGCUUCGACCUUGAGGGCUUCCCUCUUUGA